AUGCGAAAUGCUGGACAGCAUGAACGAAGAGUAGUGAAAAUGGGCUCCUUGGCUUAUGGAGAAACCGUGACCGACGAACUGGAAGCUCUAGUGGAUCGUAUGUGCUAUCUUUGCAUGGAUCGAGCUGGGAGCGUGGCGAUGCGUGUAAACUGUGCUCGUUCCUUAGCACUUUGUUCUUUCUUCGGAAUAGCGCAUUUUUCGCCAGUUCUAUCAUCGGUGGAGGCGUUGCGCUCUGUUUGGUUUGAUACAAAGACCAGUACCUAUUCAUCGGAGCUGUUCUGUGCAGCCGUAUCAGGAUGGGCGCUGCUGGUUCAUCAAGUAAAAAUUCAGUGA